AUGUUAAAAAAUAAACCUAUCUUAUGCACUGAGGAGCCUGUAGACGAGGAUCAAAUGUUUGUAUAGGCUUUUCAGGUUGAGCAGGAAGCUCCAAAUGUUAGUAUAAGUAUAAGUGAUGGAAGUGAAAGCCAGAAUGAUUCAAAAAAAGUAUUCGACAUCCCUUAAGUUUUGAUUGAACAUCAUGCUUAAGAAAGAUAAAAAGAAGUGGAAAUAUACAAGCAAUCAGAGCCAAAAAAGGGUUUUGCAAAAUUAGUUUAGCUGUUUCAUAUGAGAUAAUUCAUCCAUUAAGUUCUUGCCAAAAGAAGAUUGAUUUCAAAAAUAACUAAAUACCAUUUGUAGGUGAUUAAUGACAAGGCGUCAUCUCUGGAUGAUGUUGGUUUUAGAAAAUUCGCAAUUACAAUAAAGCCAUUAAUUUAAAGUUUACAAGAGAAUACCUAAGCUCACUUAGGGAAUCAACAAAGAAGAUAAUUGCUUAUGCAAAGAACUAAAAUAUUUAUUGGAAGCUAAGUAUAAAGAUUUUGCAAGCUCAUUAAUAAAAUCCCAUUAAUUAAACCAGAUUCUAAGCUGAAGGUUGUUUGGGACGGCAUUUUAUUUAUUUGUAGAUUUUAUUUGCUUUUUACGAUUCCAAUAGAUUUAGCCUGGCCAUCUAUUUAGUUGUUAUUUUAUACUUUGGAAGUACCAACAGUCAUAUGUAUAACUCUUUUGAUAUUGGAUUUUUUUGUUAGUUUAUUCUAAUCAUAUUAUCAACAAGGACAAUUGGUAACAGAUAGGAUGAGUAUUUUAAAACAUUAGAUAAGUAAGGCAUAUGGAUUUGAAAUCAUAGCAAAUAUUUUACUAAUCAUUUUCUAUAACAUCUCUAAUCAAUAUGAUUAUGGAUUUAAUGUGUUUGAGAAUCCUUAUUACAUAUUUCUAUUUCUCCAAUUUGUCUAAUAUAAUAAUAUCGCACAAUUAAGAUAACAACUAGAAGAUGCAUUGAAUUUGUCAAGGGAAGCUGCUUCUUUGGUGGAACUUUCGAAAUUGUUUGUUUUAUUGUUUUUUGUCAUACAUGUGUUUGCAUGUCUAUGGUUUUGGGUGGGACUUUACAGUGAAACUUACUUAGGGAGUAGUUGGUUGGAGGCCAAAUAGGUUUUAGAUAAAUCUUUCGCUGAUCAAUACUUAUACUCAUUUUACUAUUCUACUGUGACUAUGUUCACUGUAGGGUAUGGUGAUAUCACUCCAUAGACAAAUCCCGAGAUGAUAGUUUCAGUUAUAUUCAUGUCCGUUUGUAGUGUUCAAUUGUCUUAUAGUGUUAGCACAGUCAGUUCAAUAAUUGAAUAGAUAAGUGGAUUCAAGGAGGAGAAGAAAAGAAAGUUCAAUAUCAUCAAUAAUUAUAUGCAAUAAAAAAAUAUCAGUUACGAGUUGUAAUUUUAAAUAAGAGAGUAUUUGAACUACUUUUGGACAAUGAAAAGGAACGAGGAAUCGAAUGAGGAGAAAGAAAUCAUAGAAGAGUUAUCUAGUAGAUUAAAAUAGAGAUUGAUUUUUGAAGCAAAUUCUAGAAUUCUUUAUAAUAGUCCUUUCUUUAAGGAUAAUUUUUCAUUAAAUUUUAAAAAAGAUUUAGUAAGUAAAAUCACAUCAACAACAAUUGCUCCUGAGAAUGUUCUCGAUUACACAAAAAAGUCACAAGAUGAAAAUAGUUUAUCCAUAUUUUUCAUAGAACAAGGGUAAAUUGAAGUUUUUAUUGAAAAUGAAUAAUUAAGUGAACUAUCAAGGGUAUAUAUGUUAAAAGAGGGUGAAAGUUUUGGAUUCGUAAGUUUCAUUACUGGUAAUCCAAGUGUUGAAAAAUAUAAAACCAUUGGAUUUACUAAAUUGUUAAUUAUAACAAGGAAGGACUUUUUGGAUGUAAUAAAGGAUUACCCGGAAGAUUAUGAAAUAUUCUAUAGUUUUUUCGAAGAUUUGACAUUUAAUCCUGAGAGUGAAUUACUCACUAUGGAAUGUUUCUCAUGUAAGUCAAAAACUCAUAAAGCCAUCUCAUGUCCUCUCCUGCACUUUAAACCUGAUAGAGAGAGAAUUAUAAAAUCGGCCUAAUUUAGUAGAGAAUAGUAGAGGAGUCGAUUGAAGAAGAGAAAAGAAAAAUGUUAUAUUAAGGCUACUCUGGGAUAGAUUAUAUUAAAUGAUGUAGCAAAGUAAGUAUAAUCAGACAAUCAGUAAUUGACAUACAUCUAUGAAGAAUUUGAUGAAGAGAAAUUAGCCACUCCGAAUGUUUAAAUUAUUAACAGUUCAGAUGAAAUAUUUGACUUUAAGAACUAUCACGAAGAUGAAAAAAUCUAACUGUUUGAAAUUAAGGAAGAACCUUAAAAGUCUCCGAUUCCUUAGAAAAAAUAAUUAUUAAGAAAAAAGUAGACAUUACAGGAUAUAGGGGACAUUAUGAAAUUUAAUAAUAAGUAGAAGGAAACCAAGGAGAAGUUUAGAUCUAUUGUUAAGAAGGUGAAUCUAAUGAAUGAUUUUGUUGAAAAGUAGGUUGAAAAUUCAAAUGAAAGGAAGCUUUCUUAAUAUAGAGAUCAUUUAAAAAAUAUUUAACAUCGAAGAAGCAAAAUACAACACUUAAAAGAUGUUUACUCGAAUAAAACAAUUCAUGAACUAGAAUUUUUUGAACUUAAGUUAAAGAUGCUAUUAGAAACAGAAUUUGAUAUACUUUUAGAUGCAUAGAAGUCUUAUAAAUACUUUAAACCCAAAGAAAAUCUUUAUUAGGUUUUAAGCAGAACGAAAAUAUCAAUGUUAUCAAGUUCAAAUGAGAUGUAAAUCCUAAUUUAGUAAAAGACUAAGCAAUUAAUUAGGUAUUUAUUUUAUCCGUAUUUAUACAUCUAAAAAUAUGUAUACAAAUAAAGGCAUGCAGAUGUUGUGGGAGAACCAAAGAAAAAAUAGUACUUUAAAAGAAACAAUAGAAUAUCUCUGGCAUUCAUUAUGCAACAACAUUCCUCAAUUAAAAAACCUUGA